AUGGACGCGUUGAUAAAAGAGCAAGAGAAGCUGUCUACCAGCGCCAAUCUCUCGAAUAGCAUAAGGGAAAUACAGAAUAUCAUUGAUCAGCUACACAAUGCGCGGAACCAAAUAGUAGACGAUCCUACGAGUGCAUCCGUGACGUUGGCACGGCUGCAGAACCCAAUCAAGCAAGGCUUCGAGAAUGCUACCAGUGAGGUCAAAAAAGUAUACAAAGGCCACAAUCAGUAUCAAAAGGUCCUGGAUCUGAAAUUCAAAGACAAACCCUCUCCUAGCGCUGACAGUGAUGCCUUAUCUGCCGAGCCCGGACACAUAAAUGGCGCUAUAUCGAUGCACUUCCUUCGCGAAGGACAAUUCAGUGUGGCAUCCCAGCUCUUGAUUGAUAUUCAGAAUCAAUAUUUGCAGAACCGGCAAGAGCAGCACAUGGAAAUUGACUCCGGAGACACUCAAGCCGAGCUUGAUAAACUUCUUGGGAUCGGGCCUUUGAAAUCGGAGGACCUUCGCAGGUCGUUUGGGAACAUGUAUCACAUUGUCCAUGAAAUGAGACACAACCGCAAUCUCCUGCCAGCGAUCGACUGGGCGCGAGAGAAUAGUGAGAGGCUUGAGUUACGUGGUAGCCACCUGGAAUUCGAGCUCUGUCAAUUACAAUUCAUCUAUCUCUUCACUGGCGGCGCCGAGCCUUCAGGUGCCACUAAGUCCCAGGAAGGCCGCUUCAACGCGCUCGCGUAUGCGCGAAGUCAUUUCUCCCACUUUCAAUCACGCUACUUGCAUGAGAUCUCUAGUCUCGCGACCCUGAUGGCUUACCACACCAACCUUGCCACGUCACCCUACAGGAAGAUGUACUUCGAUAAUCUCACGUGGGAGUAUCUUGGAGAAAAUUUUACAAAAGAGUUUUGCAGCCUGCUAGGCUUAUCCGCUGAAUCACCGCUAUACGUAGCAGCCACAGCGGGUGCAAUCGCUCUGCCUAUGGUAUUGAAGAUGAAAAAUGUCAUGCUGGCGAAGCGUGCGGAAUGGACGACUGCCCAGGAACUUCCGCACGAAGUAGCUCUGCCUCAAAACUACUUGUACCACAGUAUAUUCGUGUGCCCGGUCAGUAAGGCGCAGACGACGGACGACAACCCACCCAUGAUGAUGCCUUGCGGCCAUGUGAUUGCGCAAGAUACGAUGGCAACGAUGAGCAGAGGGAGUAAGUUCAAGUGCCCGUACUGUCCGAACGAGAGCCGGCCAGAAGAAGCAAGAAAGCUUUUCUUCUGA